AUGCCCUUAUCAUAUUACUCUGCUGAAGACUUAGAUGACAAAGUAAUAAAGACAUAUCAGCAAAUGCUUAAAAAUGUUAAACUCAAAAAUCACACUGAAAGUUUAAUUUACACUUUUUAUCUAGGUGAAAUGUUGACUAAAAUGAAUCCCAAGCAGCAGACUUUUUACCAAAAG